CCCCCCCCCCCGAUCCCCAAACCACCAAGCCACCAAAGCACCAGCACCAACAAUGCCAAUCCCAACCCCACCCCUCCAACUCCACCCCGUCACCGACCCCGACCUCCCAUCCCUAACCCACCUCUUCUACGCCGGCUUCACCACCCCCACCGACCGCCAGAUGUUCCCCGACACGCCGGGCCUGCGCGCCUGGUGGGCCGCCGCCAACCGCCAGGAUCUGGAGCAGAAGGCCGGGGUCCGGUACCUGAAGGUGGUGGAUCCGGGGCUCGGCCCUGCGGGUGCCGCUGCCGCUGCCGCACCGGACGCCGACGGUCAUGCUGCAGAAAACGACACCAGUAUAAUCGCCUACGGGAAGUGGGAUCUCGAUCCGGGCCACCGCGGCGCCCGGUUCCCGGAGUGGCAUGCGGACUCGGAUGCGGCGUUGUGUGAGCGGUUCUUUGGCGGGUGUGAGCGGGUGAGGAGGGAGGUUAUGGCGCCGAGGAGCGGGGGGUAUUAUUACCUCGAUAUGUUGGUGACGCACCCGCAGCACCGGAGACGCGGAGCGGCGACCAUGUUGGUCCGGUGGGGGUGUGAGCUGGCGGACCGCACGGGAAUGCCCGUGUAUAUCGAUUCGACGCGCGCCGGGGUGCCCGUGUAUGAGCGGUUGGGAUUUGUGGUGGUGCGCGAGGAUGCGGAGGCGGGGUUGUUUAGUAUGGUGAGGGAGCCGGGAGGGGCUCCUUCCGGUGUUCAUGAAGGAUGAAGGAUGGAAGAUGGAUGUCUGGUUGUGGGAGUUGGGCGUUCAGGUUCGGUUCUCUUCUGGU